UCGGCGGAAACCUCCCUGCUGAACAAGCUGAUCCGCACGUCCCUCGUGGAGUCCAGCCACCACGUGGAGAUCCUGCAGCAGGACCCCAGCUCCCCGCUCUUCUCCGUCAAAACCUUCGAAGAGCUAACCCUGAAGAAGGAGCUCUUGCAGGGGAUUUACAUCAUGGGCUUCAACAGACCAUCCAAAAUCCAGGAGACGGCUCUGCCGAUCAUGCUGGCGUAUCCGCCCCAAAACCUGAUUGCCCAGAGCCAGUCAGGGACAGGGAAAACGGCAGCUUUUGUCUUGGCGAUGUUGAGCAGAGUUAAUGCCGCUGAGAAAUACCCGCAGUGCCUCUGCUUGGCUCCCACCUACGAGCUGGCCCUGCAGAUCGGGCGCGUGAUCGAGACCAUCGGGCGGUUUUGCGCCGACAUCAAGGUUACGUACGCUGUCCGGGGAAACCGAGUUCUGCAGGGCACCGCGCUGGAGGAGCAGAUCGUCAUCGGGACGCCGGGGACAAUGCUGGACUGGUGUUUCAAACGGAGAGUCGUAGACGUGAAGAAGAUCAACAUGUUCGUGCUGGAUGAAGCCGACAUCAUGAUCGACACUCAGGGCCUCUCCUAUCAAAGCAUUCGCAUUCAGAGGGCUUUACCCAAGGGCUGCCAGAUGCUGCUGUUCUCGGCCACCUUCAAGGAAACCGUGCGGGCGUUCGCCGUGCAAAUAAUCUCCAACCCCAUCGUGAUAAAGCUGCGCGAGGAAGAGCUCACCCUGAGCAACAUCAGGCAGUACUUCUUCGUGUGCAGGAGCCGGGAGGAGAAGUACAGAGCCCUCUGCAACAUCUACGGCAGCGUCACCAUCGGCCAGGCUAUGAUCUUCUGCCAGCUGACGGUCGCAGCGGGCCGGGUGGUGGAGAUGAGCCAGGACGGGCACCAGGUUGCCAUCCUGACGGCGGAGCUGACGGUCGCCCAGCGGGCCGGCGUCAUCCAGCGCUUUCGCGACGGGAAGGAGAAGGUCCUCAUCGCCACCAACGUCUGCGCCAGAGGGAUCGACGUGCAGCAGGUCACCGUCGUGGUGAACUUCAGCCUCCCCACCGAUCAGAAGAGCGAGCCGGAUUUCGAGACUUACCUCCACCGCAUCGGGCGGACGGGACGCUUUGGGAAGAAGGGCAUCGCCUUCAGCAUGGUGGAAAGCCAGAACGUGGGGCUGGUGCAGAUGAUAGAGGAGCAUUUCCAGACCAAGAUCAAGCAGCUGGACCCGGACGACAUGGACGAGCUCGAGAAGCUUGAGAACUGAGCGAGGAGCGGGGAUUCGCUCCCCCGUGAUCCGAGUUCUGGUUCAAAACAGAAGGAAAAGUUACAGGGGAAAAUCUCCCAGUUCUCUCGCAACUCCCUCAAGCUGUUCGGUUUUGUUGUGGUGUUUUAGGAGAAGACGGGGUGGGGGGAGCCCUCGGACCCAGCGAUUAUUGUCCUUGGUUUCGUUCCUUGUUGUAUCUCUGAGGUUUUCGUAGCCAUGACUUUGCGUGGCUUGAGGAAUCCCCCGAGGGGCUUAACACGGGGUAACGCUCCUCGAAAACGGGCCUAGGGGCACUCGGGAGUGGUCAGAAAACAGGGUAAACUCUGGUAACUGGCCCAAAAACGUCUGCUGCUCGUCCCCAGGCGGCGGCGGGCGGCGUUUUCCCCCAGCAAAAUCUCGGAGGAAACUUUAAUAAGGAAAAAAAAAAAAAAAAUCGGGAGUA